AUGGCUUCCUUCAAAGACAGAUGUGAGCGCUGCUGCAACUCAACACUGCAGGUUUCAGUGCUCACCUCUGUCACAGCUCCCUACAGAGAUAUAAACCUGACCAUUGACACAGCAGACACUGCGACCUGCACAGCGCGUGGAGGAUACCCUGAAUCCAGCGUGUCAUGGUCGGGUCAAAACACGACCAGUGGUGAAUAUGUGGACCUGCAUGAAUACAAACCAACACACGAGAGGGACGCAAAGGAUGGAACCUUCACUGUCAGGAGCUCCGUCAGUGUGAAGGAGCUGGUGUCUGUGACCUGCCGCAUCACCAACCCUCGCUCCAACCAAAGCCUCAACAGCACCACAAAGAUGGACAGAGAUGGUGCUGGUCCAGACACAAAUCCAGGAGUGCACUCAUCCAUAAGUCUAGUUCCUGGCUUAAUAGUACUACUAGUAAUAGCAGUAAUAGCAGUAGGCACAUACAUCUGCUACAAGAAACGCUGCAAAUCUGGAGAUGAAUCCAACGGACAACUGAAUGGAGGACACCCAGGAGCUGAAAACCAUGCAGACCAACAAAUGGAGCUCCGAGAAGAAUCUCAAGAGGCAGCAAAUGAAGGGAGCGGAGACCACGAGGAUCCACAGGAUGAAGAUGAGCGGGGAGAUGCACAUCGAGACAACGAGGACCAAAAGCUUCUAGAUGGAGCAGAAAACCAGGAGCACCGCCCUGCAGGUGGUGCAGAGCAAGGCGGAGGCAGCGUGCACGCAAACACAGACUAAACUGAGGAUGGACUCAUUGUUCGACUGCACUCACACACGCUGUGAACAAGACGACGGCUGUGCGGCCGACACACCAGAGGCGUCGCCAGAGUCGUUUCCUGAAGAGUUUAAACCUCUGUUUUCGCUUCAAGACGCCAAGAAGGAUGAAACGAUCAAAUGAACUGUGAGCCGGUGAAGCUGCUGUGACUGACUGAGCUCAGCUUUCCUCGAGCAACAAAACAAGGAUUUCGUGUCUUUACUGUUUUCCAGCUGAACAGGGUCCGAUCAGCUGCACUGUUUUCUUGUUUGUCACUUUAUUUAAAGAAAAGAUUCUGAACUUUAAGAGUCUACA